GCUUUCAAUGAGCGUGAGAAGGAGGCGGAGGAGGCAAAGGAGGAGGAGGCGAAGGCGGAGGAGGAGGCGGGGGCAGCCACUUCUCCCGUCCGGCCCGCGGCAGGAAACAAAGAGCCAGGCAGGCAGCGGAGAGACGGGGAUGCUGCAGCUACAGAGCAGGUCUCGUAAUUGGGAAUUUAUCAACAUUUCCACUGGGGUAAUUUUACAGAAUUAUCCGCCUGUGUUCUCCCUGCUGGCUCGUCUGGACUCUGGAGUGCCCUGCUAGGAAUGAAGCCUUCUCUGGGGGUUUAUUCUCGCUAUUGCUGAAAUGGAGCCAUUCACAUAUGGAUUAAUGCUUUAUUCAUAUUUCACCUGAAUCCCUUGGAUCAGUUCAUUUUUAUAAAGGAGACCACUAUUCGUCACUUUGCUGUGAACUCUUGAUAUGUUCAGGCUGUUUGGUAUGUUUGACUCAUUGAGGAAGAACUGAAAUAUAAAAAUAAAUGAAACUAUAAUACUGCAUGGCUCUCCUAGUGGUCAGCCAUAUGUGGCUUCCAAUGUGGAUUUGACUGGGAGCACUGCAAAUCUCAUGGCAGGGGGUGCAAAAUCCACAGCUGCGUGAAAUUUCCUUAUUUUCCUGGCAUGCUUUAACCGGAAUGCCCAAAGAAAAGUACGAUCCACCUGAUCCACGGAGGAUGUACACAAUUAUGUCCUCAGAAGAAGCAGCCAAUGGGAAAAAAUCACACUGGGCAGAGUUGGAAAUAACUGGGAAAGUAAGAAGCCUAAGUUCAUCCUUGUGGUCACUGACCCACUUGACAGCAUUGCAUCUCAGUGACAACUCCUUAUCCCGUAUUCCUUCAGACAUUGCCAAGCUUCACAAUCUAGUGUAUUUGGACCUGUCCUCUAAUAAAAUCCGCAGUUUACCAGCAGAGCUCGGAAACAUGGUGUCACUCAGGGAACUCCAUUUAAAUAACAACCUGUUACGAGUUCUACCAUUUGAGCUGGGAAAACUGUUUCAGUUACAGACAUUGGGUUUGAAAGGAAACCCACUUACACAGGAUAUUCUGAAUCUCUAUCAGGAACCAGAUGGAACAAGAAGGCUACUGAAUUAUUUGCUUGAUAACUUGGCAGGUACUGCAAAAAGAAUUUCGACAGAACAACCACCUCCCAGAUCUUGGAUUAUGUUGCAAGAACCAGAUCGGACAAGACCAACAGCUCUGUUUUCUGUCAUGUGUUACAACGUCCUCUGUGAUAAAUACGCUACUCGGCAGCUAUAUGGCUAUUGCCCGUCAUGGGCAUUGAACUGGGAAUACAGGAAAAAGGCUAUUAUGCAGGAAAUCUUAAGCUGCAAUGCUGACAUCAUAAGCCUUCAGGAGGUUGAAACUGAACAGUACUACAGUUUUUUCCUGGCAGAAUUAAAGGAGCGUGGUUAUAAUGGCUUCUUCAGUCCAAAAUCUAGAGCUAGGACAAUGUCAGAACAAGAAAGAAAGCAUGUUGAUGGCUGUGCAAUAUUUUUCAAGAUUGAAAAGUUCACCUUGGUCCAGAAGCAUACUGUUGAAUUCAAUCAGCUGGCGAUGGCAAACUCAGAGGGAUCUGAAGCGAUGCUGAACAGAGUGAUGACAAAGGACAACAUUGGAGUUGCUGUGUUGCUGGAGCUACGUAAGGAGUUGAUAGAAAUGUCAUCUGGCAAACCACACCUUGGAAUGGACAAACAGCUGGUCCUUGUUGCAAACGCACACAUGCAUUGGGACCCAGAAUAUUCUGAUGUGAAGCUGGUCCAGACCAUGAUGUUCCUUUCUGAGGUGAAGAACAUCAUUGACAAAGCCUCUCGUAGUCUCAAGACUGGCGUUUCAGGAGAACAUGUAGCUAUUCCACUUGUACUCUGUGCUGAUCUGAAUUCUCUGCCAGACUCUGGUGUGGUAGAAUAUUUGAGCACUGGUGGAGUAGAAACAAACCAUAAAGAUUUUAAGGAACUGAGAUACAAUGAAAGUCUCACUAACUUCAGUUGUAAUGGGAAAAAUGGAACCACCAAUGGAAGGAUUACUCAUGGUUUCAAGUUAAAGAGUGCCUAUGAGAAUGGCCUAAUGCCUUAUACAAAUUACACAUUUGAUUUCAAGGGAAUUAUUGACUACAUCUUCUACUCUAAACCUCAGCUGAACAUUCUUGGCAUCUUGGGACCUUUGGAUCAUCACUGGUUAAUAGAGAACAAUAUAAGUGGCUGCCCCCAUCCACUCAUCCCUUCUGACCACUUCUCACUUUUUGCACAACUGGAGCUGGUGCUGCCUUUCCUGUCCCCGGUAAAUGGAAUCCAUCUGCCCAGCAGGAGGUAGUCAAGUACAUUUUAGAGGGCAACCUCAAACUUAUUUGUAAAAUUGUAAAAUCUGAAUAUAGAGGAGUGAGGUAUGGCCAACAGGGAUCUUUCUUAAUGAUCUUAAUUUUAAAUCUAGUUAUUUGAUAAAGAAAUAGUAAAAGCCAGGUGCUAUCAGACACACAAUUCUGAGCCCAACAUGCUUUGUAUACUGUUAGGCAGGGAUGGGUGCAUUUGCGCCAUUCUUAGAUUUGUUACAAGUAAUCUUGUUUGUUCUAUCCAAUGUAAUAUUUCAUGCCUUGAAAAUGGGGAAUUACUAUAAUAAAUUCUCUUUGCACAGAUAUCUGUAGCACUACUUUUUUGAGGCCAGUAGUAGACAUCAAAAGACCAUUCUUCCAUACUUCACUCCCUUCUUUUUCAGACUUGUUUGUUUGUAAAAUAUAGAAUUUGAAUUUAGCCUUUAUUGAUUGUAUAUGAACAACAGAAAACCUGAUUUAUGAGAUUUUGUACUUUAAAAAAAUCAGAUUUGGAAAAUGAUUGUAUUGUAAACUAAGGCUAAAUUUUUAUCUGUUUCAUGUGUUAUAAAGGCCAGCUUGUAAAAGAAGUUGCACCAGGCUUUCUCUGCUAAUGAUUUGCACUGUUAGGGUGUUUAGCCCUUAUGUACUACUUCAUUGUUUUAAAAUUGAGAACACUGCUUUUAAGCCUAAAUUG